AUGGGUUUAUUUAGUAAUUAUUAUUUACAUAACAGAUAUGUCAAAGCCCUCCAUCCAAUACAGCUGAUUAACAUGUCUACAUCUUUACUGUCCUACAAUAAUAUCUCUUAUUUUUUUGUAAAAAAUAAAUAUGAUUAA